AAGCUAGAUAAAGACACCGUCUUGGAAUCCAUCAUUAAGAGGCAAAUUGACAACUUAAUCGUCAAAGGAUACGCGCGGAAACUCUCGCCCGCUGAAGCCGCGAUCCCAAAGGGAAAAAUAUGGUACCUACCGAUAUUCGUGGUAACAAACCAAAACAAGCCCGGUAAAAUUCGGCUGGUAUGGGACGCAGCCGCGAAGGCGAACGGAGCAUCACUUAACGACUUUCUUCUCAGCGGCCCAGAUUUGCUAAACUCCCUAGUGAAUAUUCUAUUGGCAUUUAGAGUAGGCAAGGUUGGUGUAUGCGGCGACAUCGCCGAAAUGUUUCAUCGUGUUAACAUACGAGAAGGCGACAUGCACGCGCAGCGCUUCUUGUGGUACGAUGAAGGCGACAAAGCUCGGUAUCCAAGCAUUUACGUGAUGCGCGCUAUGACGUUUGGGCUAAAUUGUGCGCCUUGCAUCGCACACUUUAUACGCGACAAAAAUGCAGACGACUUCAAGGACCAGUUCCCUCGGGCAGUCGAGGCAAUUAAGAAAAGCCAUUAUGUGGACGACCUGAUCGAAAGUGCAGAUGACGAAAAAUCUGCUCUGGAACUAGCAAAGCAAAUAAAACAAAUCCACGCUGCUGCCGGCUUCCAAAUCCGAGGUUGGUCUUCAAACUUGACGUCCGUAGUCGAGAAGCUAGAGGAAGACCCAAUUACUACUGCGAAAAUUAAAGAAUGGGGCUCGGCGACGAAGGUCCUAGGUAUGUUUUGGGACCCCCUUAAUGACAGUUUUAAGUAUAUUUGCAGGUUCACGAAGCUUCGUCGAGACGUUGUCAAUGAAUCACUCACACCAACAAAAAGGGAGAUUCUGCAAGUACUUAUGUCAAUCUUCGACCCACUUGGAUUCGUAAGCUGCUAUACCAUAGGCCUAAAAAUUAUACUGCAAGAAGUAUGGCGCGCCGGAAUCGCUUGGGACGAGCCGUUGCGCGACGAUCUGAACAACAAAUGGUGUCAAUGGAAAAACGUAAUGCAGCUUAUACGUGACGUCAAUAUAUCCAGAUGUUUUUCUCCAUUAUUGCAAGAUGCACAAGACGUCCAACUCCAUACUUUCGUGGACGCGGGGGAG